GUCCAACAAAUCUUAUUGUGGAUACUCAGAGCAAUAAUGAUUGACACGUGUGCCAAGAAAUCUAACGGGAAGACCAGUGCAGGCCCGUAUAUUUGAGGGUAAAGAACCUCCACAACUUGUUGCACUUUUCAACAUAUGGUGGUCCUUAAGGGUGGUUUGAGCUCUGGUUACAAAAAUAGAAUGACAGAGAAAGGUUCAUCAGACGAAACCUACACGAUGGAAUCAAUUGCACUUAUUCAAGCAUCUGGAACUGGAGGUGAGAACAAUGAGCUAAAUGCUGUUUCAGCUUUUAAUGAGAUUGUUCCUGAUACAGUCGUUUUCGAUGACUUUGAGAGGUUCCCGCCGACUGCAACUACUGUUAGCUCUGCUCUUCUUCUGGGAAUCUGUGGUCUACCUGAUACCAUUUUCUGCGUCAAAGUAGGUGGCGAUUUUAUCAAACUCGUUCCAGGUCGAGUUUCAACUGAAGUGGAUGCACGUCUUGCUUAUGACACAAAUGGCAUUAUCCGCAAGGGUAUUGAAGCUGCAAGAUUGUUGGAAUCUGAAGGAAUCCAAACGCAUAUGACCUUCGUUUACAGGAUUUUGAGGUUCUGCAAGACUUUGGAUCAGUCUAGCAGUGGGAACCAGGAACCAAUUCAAAGGGCUGCUGCUUUAGCUGAAAACUUGUUAUGCUUACUGCUUUUCAUCUUAGGCACAAAACCCAUCUGGUAUUGGUACAUAAACAUUGCUCAAACUGCGGUUCAGAAACAACCAACAGAUGAUCCUUUUGAAUGUGCAAGUGAAUUCCUUCCAGAAGAAGGCAGCAAUAUUACUUGGUACACACCACAUAGUGGAGUAGCAGAUAAGAACAAAUGUGGCGAUGGAAACACUGUUGUUGAUGCCUCUCUAGUAGAACAAGCUCUCUGCGGUGAAGCUUUAUCAACACUUCUUCAUGUUGUGUCUUGGAGGAUAGGAAGCUGGCCCAAUAAAUAUCCUUUAUUCGUAUCUGUGUAUUCUAUUUGUUUGAGUACUUCUUGUUGCAACCAUGGAGUCGAAAGUACAACCUCUGGCUAUGCUCUGUUCGUUUUCGGAUGGAGGAUGGGAACGAAAGAAGCUAGUGUGUACAUUGAUAAGGAUCUUGCUUCAAAUAAGUCUUCUAAUGCUCAAUCACCUUGCCGGAAUUUGCUCUGCAUAUUGGCUAUCUCUCCAGUCUCACUAGCCCUGACUUACUUUGGUACUUUGCUAUUGUCUAUUUGUUUAAGCUAUCUUGACGCAGUAGAACUGACAGAGCGUCAGUCUAGCAGUGGGAACCAAGGACCAAGGCAAAGAGCUAAGACUUUGAUUCCAAUUUUCAAAGAGAUUAUUGAGGUUCGCAUCGGAGAGAGGAAAGCAGUUGUCCUCUUAGGAUUACUGUCUCCCUGGCAAAACCAGAGCAACUGUCAUGGAACUUGUGGCGAAAGAGAACUUUAUCUUAGAAGAAUCAGUCUCUCCAAAUUCCAUACAGCUGAUGAGGUAUGGACAGCAAGAACUAUGGCAGAACUAAGCUCGGGAUGUCUUCCAGGAUCAAGAGCAGAUGGAGAUUCCAACCAGCUUCCAACUAUUGCUUUAGUUGCAUCCUAUGAUACCUUCGGGGCAGCUCCGGCAUUAUUAGUUGGAAGUGACAGCAAUGGAAGUGGGGUCGUGUUGCUUCUUGAAGUGGCUAGACUACUUUCCGCUCUGUCCUCAAAUCCCAAGACAAGAGGAAGUUGCAAUUUACUUUUUGCACUAACAGCUACGAAACUAGACCUUAAUCCUUCCUGCAUUUUUUGUUUGGUGCAUUUGCAAACUUGUUGGUAUUCUUCAUUAAGCAUUAUAUCUUCUGCAGUGGCUGAAGAGCCUUGAUCUGAGGAUGCGUGAGAGCAGUUGAUUAUGCCAUUUGCUUAAACAGUGUUGGUUCUUGGGACAAUGAACUAUUGAUCCGUGUGUCAAAUCCUCCAGAUAACUCCUAUAUAAAACAAAUUUUUGAGGGUUUAAAUUUACUUUGCUAGCAAAUUUUAUGAACUAGCUUUCUUUAUCACCGAUAUGUAGAGGACGCUGAAGCAGUUCUUUUCAGACUUGUUCGUCUUCAUGCUUUUACUAAUCAUUGUUUCUAGUUAUUUCCUAUUGUGUUUGCUUUUUCAUCAUAUAUAUCAUAGAGCUUUGUUUGGGCUUUUAUUAUCUCUUAAUAUCUUCUUGUUUUAUAUUGUCUGUGUAUAUCAGGGUGUCGAUGAUUCUAGAUACUUGUAGAUUUAAUAUUACAAAAUACUCUAAGAAUUUUCAACAUUUCUCAAUGUUCUUCAGCGAGAUAAUGUGAUGUUGAAGCUCUUUGUGAUUAGUUGGCCAAAGUAGUUGUACAUCAGUUUCUUCGCCUCUUGAUUAUGUGGGUUCACUUCUUUGUGUUAGGUUAUCAUCCAUAUUUUGGCUCUUGCUUUAGGUUGCUUUGGAGGAUUGUUUUGCAAUAGUUGUUGUUUCCUGAACUCUCUUUGGUUGUUUAUGUUCUUUGACUAAAUGUUUUGCUUAGAG